AUGUUGUGUCACCGUGUAAUUAAGCCCGUUGGAAUCCCCAAGGAAGAACACAAUAAGAAGGACGUAACUUUGGAAACCACCAAGAUGACAGUAUGUUGCGUACAAAACCUGGAGUUGCUGGUUAGUCGCUAUCGCGCUGAAUGUCGCCACCUCGAGGAUAGCACAGGUCUCGUGCGCGAAUUGGCGGUAUCCUCACAGUCCGUGUGCAACUCACUGUCUGACAGGUGCCAGUGGGUCAUAGGUGAUCGUCAAGCGCAGUCGCUUGGGCCCGUCAUCUGCUUUGGCGAACCUAAGCGGAACCUUAAUGAACUAUGA